AUGAGUGUUGAACAAUGUAAGAACAGAAUAAGUAAGGCUAAUACCGUAUUAACAGGAAGCCAUGGGAACCAGGCCCUCGACAACAGAGGAGGCCCCUGGCAGCCACGGAUAGAGGCUACGGACAGAGGACCCCGAGAGGCUACGCAGAGGACACGGAUAGAGGAUGGAGGAAAAAGGAGGACAAUGGGGAGAGUAAUCAUGACAUAUUAUACGUAUACUGUUACAUGGCCCGCUGGAAGGGAAGAAGUGGUUCAGAUCACUGGAUCAUUUGAUGGGUGGACGUUGUCGAGUGAAUUGACGGCAGAGAAUGAGUAUCAGAAGCAAUUUAGGUUUGAUAAGCCGGAAAAGGUUGUGUUUAAGUUUAUUGUAGAUGGGAAUUGGACCACCAAUGAUGAAUAUAAGGUUGAGUAUGAUGAAAAUGGAAUGAAGAAUAAUUAUAUUGAUGCAGAAGAGAUGAUUAAAGUUGAAGAAUUUGAAGAAGAAGAAGAUAAAGAAGAUAAAGAAGAAGAUAAAGAAGAUAAAGAAGAAGAUAAAGAAGAAGAUAAAGAUCGAAAGAACGACUUAACCCAAGUAUCAACCAGUUCAUCAUUUGCAGCAGUUCUGAUUCCAGGAUCAUCGGGAUCAAAUUUUGAAAAUGUGGAUGAAGCGAGUUGUCGUAACGCCCCCAUACAAGAACCAAUUAUCGAAUCCCCAAUCAACCAGUCCACCUCAACGUUGCCUCAAGGAACGGGAGGCCCUGGAGGAACUGGAACCAACUCCAUACAAACGAGUCACCAUUCUGGUUAUGGUCUUGAUGAUGGGGGUUCUAAUUUACAAAAUGAUUCAGUAAUGCCAGGAACAUGGAAUGAAACUACUAAGAAAGAAGGAAUUUUAUCAAGAUUUAAAGGUUUAUUUAAAUAAUAUAUAGUCUUACUUUUUUGACUUCUUUUUCUUUUUUUUACUAAUUUUAUUAUCUUCUUUUAAUUCAUCUUCUUUAGUAUCUAAUUUAGUAUCAUUUAAUUC